AUGUCGACGUUUCCCAAAACGAUUAAGAUGUUUUUUGUCACUGUGACAAUUCUUCCACAGAAGGAAGGGCUGGAUCUGCCCCGGUUUCUGCAGAAAUUAACAACUUUACUGGCGGACUACUCCACUGCUACACGAGUUAUCUACAAGUUCAAAGUGUCUGGAGAGUCUAAAAUACUUUCUGUAUUCCAUGUCUCAAACAUCAUUGGCUUUGAGCGAACCAUUGGCGGCCUGUGGCGUAUUGGGGCAGUAGAGGUGGACUGUCAGCCAAUUGUCAGCUAUGAGAGUUUUGCCCGCAGUUUGAAAGUACCUGACCACUUAACCAAGCCCAGUAGCGUUGGCUUGUCUAAGGAGGGAUUGUUUUGGCUGGAGUUUGAUGUUGAAUACAUGGGCAAGACUACUGAUGAAUUGAUUGCUGUUUGGCGGAAAGAGGCUGAAGCAGUGUUGACGGCCAGGCACAAAGAAGGAACUUCAAUAGAACUCUAUAAAUCAGUUGCACAAAGGAAG